GCGCCAGUCAACUGUAGAAAAUGUAAGGUUAUGUUCCUGUCAUUCUCCAAUCUUUCCGGCCGAGUCCUCCAGAAAAGCAUAUUAGAAUGCCACCAAUUCGGGCAGUUUUAAUUGAUUUAAGUGGAACACUCCAUGUAGAGGACGAUCCAACAGAGAAUGCAGUAGAAGCGCUCAAAAAACUCCGUACCCUUCCAGUGAUAAUCCGCUUUGUGACCAACACUACAAAGGAAUCCGGCCAGACUCUGCAUCGAAGGCUGGUGAGAAUUGGCUUUGAAUUGGAUUCCGGAGAGAUUUACAGCUCCCUCAGUGCUGCAGCUGAAUAUGUGAGGAAGAAUCAGCUGAAUCCACUGUAUCUCCUCUCCCAGGAUGCUCAAAAAGAUUUCCCAGCAGUAGAUACAGACAAAUUGGAUUCUGUUGUGGUGGGAUUGGCCCCGGAAGAAUUUCACUAUGAACAACUUAACAAAGCAUUCAAUCUCUUGCGCCCAGGAGUGGGAAAACCUCUGAUUGCCAUCCACGAAGGGAAAUACUACAAAAGAUCUGAUGGGCUUGCCCUCGGGCCAGGCUGCUUUGUAAAAGGACUCGAAUAUGCAGCUUCAACAGAAGCUGUUGUAGUGGGAAAGCCCAAUAAAUACUUCUUUCAAUCGGCCAUCCCAGGAAACUUUCCUCCCGAGGAAUGUGUAAUGAUUGGAGAUGACGCUGUAGAUGACAUUGAGGGAGCUAUGAAGCUAGGAAUGAAGGGACUUUUGGUCAAAACAGGGAAAUAUCUACCAAAUACCACGAGCAAUCCACCUCCAACGGCUACUCUGGACAAUUUUGCAGCAGCUGUAGAUUGGAUUGAAGCCAAUCUGAAGAAUCCAUAGACUUCUAAAAAACUUGUAGUGGGCUCAAACGAAACUCCUCCAUCCAGAAUUACACCCAAAAAGGUAACUAUUUUAUUGGCCUAAUUGUGAUUGAGUUAUCUGGGAGUGUUUUAGAGAUAUUAGAGAACAGUGUGUGUCACAUUUAUCCGAACACUUGACUUCAGGGUAUUUUUACACAGUAUCAUUUUACUUUGAUCCUUAUUUCAACAUAAUUAUAAUUAAAAUAGUUAAAAAAAAACAACCUUUUAGAAAUAAAUAAAAAUAAGAAAUAAAAAAAA